AUGACUGAUUUGCCGAAGCGAGAAAGCCAAGCUGCUGCAAGCGCCAACGAUCACGUCAAAGAUGAGAAACACCACAGGCAAUCCAAACUGACGGCGGGCUUGAUUAUGGGUGACUCUGUGUCGGAUCAAUCUUCCCUAACCGCCAACGCGCAGCCGCGCAACCUGCAGUGCCUCGUUGUCUUGAAGACACCAACGGAGGAGAACGAAGCUGCAACAUGUCUCAUCGGCCACGAGAAGAGUGGAGAACGCCGCGAGUUGCCUAUAUUGACGCUUAAACCAAUCGCAAACAAGGCCGUGCCGGCCCAGCCGUCAGUGAGAACCCCGAAGCGGGCUCUGCAGGCUCGGCGGCCUCGCUCCCCUUUUAUGAGGCUGCCGGUGGAACUUCGCCUCCAGAUCUACGCCUACCUGAUACCACAUCAUGACGAAGACGAAGUUGUUUGUCGGAAGAAGAGCAAUUUGAACUGCACCGCCCUUUUCCAUGUCAACAAGUUCAUCAUGUGCGAAGCUUCAGACGUCUUCUACCGAACCCUGGGAGCGGCGAUUCGAAUCUACUCUAAUGGAGUGAGCUUUGGUGUCGAAGGCUGCCACAGCUUUGAGAAGACACGUGUAAAGCCGCUGGUCUAUGCUCCGCUUAUGGCCAACGCCCGGAAGUUACAGAUCGAUUUGAACAUCGGGGACGGGCGUGAGCGGCAUGGUGAGCCAGACGAGUUGGACAGCGUCAGAUACGUUAUCCAUGGACUGAAGGAGGCCAAAAAGCUGUCUACCGUUACGAUCCGCCUGCGGCUUCUCAAGGACUGGGAUGUGAGAUCGUGCUAUAUGCAGAGGUAUCUCAAGAAGCUGCUGGAACCAUUCACGAAGCUACGCGUCAAGAAAGCAGAAAUCACUGCUUCGAGCUUGAUCCGAAGGGCGCUAGACGGCGAAGGCUGGCAAGGCCGAUCUCCGUCUCGGUUUUCCUAUGUGCAAAAGUACGUGGAGAUGUCGAUGAUGAGCCGACCAGAGAACGCGUUGCAGAUAGCUUGGUACCAUUCUGUGGAUCCUCGGGACUAG